CUUUACCCACCAACAAACCUCCCAAAAUGUUCAAGUUUUUCGUUAUUGCCGCUCUCAUCGCCUGCUGCUCGGCCAAGCCCGGCAUAUUGGCUCCCUUCAGUCUGCCCGUGGGUGGCGUUCCUCUGGCCACCGCUCCAGUGCCCGUGGUGACGGCUCCCCUGUCCGCCGCCGGUGGCAGCAGCCAGGUGGAUGUCCGCAACAACUACGACGGCACCCUCUCCUCCUACACCACGACGCCGUUCGAGUACGCCGGACCCGUCUCCAGCCGCUACGUGUCGGGUGUUCCCGCUGGCCCCGCUCUGGUGUCCGCCCGCUACGCUGCUGCUCCCCUGGCCGCCGCCGCCUACUCCGCUCCCCUCACUGCUGCCGGAUACGCCGCUCCCCUCACUGCUGCCGCCGCGUACUCCACCCCUUACGCCGCUCAACUGGCCGCUGCCUACUCCGCCUACCCCUACGCCUCUCCCUACGCCACUCCCUACGCCUCCUACGCCUCCCCCUACCUGGCAUCCGGGGCAUACGCCGCUCCCUACGCCGCACCCCAAGUCGUGGUCUAAGCGCCAACUAAAUCCUAGCCAAAUUCAUGUACUAACUUGUUGAUUAAAUGCGAAACUAAAAAGC